GAUGUUCAGUAUAUGCGACAAUACCCAUAGUUACACAGGGAAACUACUUGAGCUUGGUAACAAGAGCGAUAUGCUGAUGUUGAAGGAGCCUGUUAAGUUCAGGACUGAAAUGGCUUUAUCUGAGGGGGCAGAAGUGUUUGACUUUGUCCCUGUGCAUGUAACAUUUUCAAAGGAAAACAUACACGCUCUUAAAAAUAUUCUACAAACCGUGUGCGACAUUGAGACAACAGAGGGGGAUGAUGGAAGUUUCCUCAAUCUAUAUGCUAAUUAUGAGGGAUCUCCUGAGAAAGAUGUUCCAGGCAUUGCAGAUGAUGAUCAAAAAGGCGAUGCCAGACAUGUGAAAGCUGAAAGGGAGCCCAUUGACUUGGACCCGGACAACGACAACGGAAACAAAGAAGAACACAAUGAAGAAAACGAACAGGGCACUGGAGCAGAGCUUAUCGAUGACACUGGCCCUUUAUCAUACCCUGCUUUGAAGUUCGACAUGGAAAGAAUUAACACCAACAAGGUCCACGUCAAUAACAAAGGCUUCUUGGUCAAUACCACAGUUUCUCCAGAAAGGGAACUAAGACAGUACGUAGGGACGACAGCUGUUACACCUCUCCCCAAAAACAAAUUCAGCUAUUGGGAGGUACAAUCAGACUUUGACAUGGCUUCUAAAAUGCACCAACGUGGCUUACUUAUGGAAAUAGGCAUGGCUACAGGAGCAUCAUUGGACAACAACUAUUGCAUGAGUGGUCAGGUGGGAUCCAGGUGCCUCGCUAUCGCGCACUGCUCUGCACACGAUGGAGUCUGUGCGAAGGUCUGGAGCAAUGGCCAGAAGUUGAGAUGCUAUGAAAACGUUUUGUCCACCGGUUCAGGAACAUCUGAGACGCUACGACAUGGGCUUCUGUAUGACGGUACAAGGAACAUCCUUACUGUAUUUGACCUCAACAACGUGGUUCAGCUUGUAGCUCUGGGCAAAGGUGAACUGGACGAUGAUCAAUGGCCAGUGUUUGGGGCAUACAAUUCGUCCCUUGCUGCUGUUCAAAUGAAGCUGGUAUCAGGAAGCGAAAUAGAGAUGUUCAAUUCAAAGACAAAAAUGCUGAAAGGAGCAUUGAAUUCUGUUCUUUAAGUGAAUAGCAAAAGAUUUCCGGCUGAACAUGUGUGUUUGCAAAAAGUUGUAUGUUUCAACAUACAAUUGUUUCCUCUUUUUGGGUGACUGAUCACAUCACUAACCUACAGUAUACACAUAUAUUUGGAAAGUAUUUUGUAUCUGCCCAAAUGAAUGUAUUUCAGCUUUCUUGAUACCAAUGUGGUUGUUCUAGACAUUGGGCAGGGCAGCUACGUUGUCAGCAGAUUCGCCAGGUAUUUGGAUGAGGUGUGUUUCAAACCACGACCUGUGCUUGUGUAUUUUGUUACAAAUGUUUCGUCAUUGGCCAUUAGAUUUGCAAAACUGCGAGGAUCUACUAGUUGAUUAUAAGUGAAAAUUUCCUCAGGAGUGUUCCUUUUAGCUUUAAAUAUGACGUGUACAUUCUCCAAAUCUGCUAUGCAAUUUCUCUAUCCUCUUCAACAGUCAUGGAUUAUAUCUGGGGCUGAAACAGAAUUAAUCAACAGCUUAUCUAUGUGUCCAAGGUGUAACUUACAUGACCUACAUAUAGCGGCUACCGUGUUAGUGUAAUGUUAUGUGCACGGAUAUUUUAUGUGAUUUUGCUAUUCAUAUAUGAUGCUUAGUAUAAUAAAGCAGACCCCCUAUGAAUUUGGAAA